UCCACUCUCAAAGGGGAAAGGUUCUCAGGGUAGCAGCAGGGACGAGGCACGUUGGCCACUCCUUUAUUAUACUGAGACUCCCCCAAGGCUCUAUUUCUCUCUGUCUCUCCCUCUCUUUGCCGUCCUCUGCUCUCCAUCCUGCUCUCCCGUCUCAUCCUCCUUCCCUCUCUCAUCUCCGUCACAUUUGCUCCGGCCUCGUUUUACCUCACCUGCACAUCCCUCAUCCCUUUCUUUCUCUCUCUCGUUAACAUCAAUUACCUGGACAUUUAUACACCGGUGCUCCUCUCUUGUGUUCUCUCACACACGCACACACACACACACACACACACACUCUCUCAACCCAUCCCCUUCUGCCGGCAGAGCAGGUCGACGCAGGAGCGGCGGCAGCAGCUGCUCUGACUGAUUCUGCCGGGAAACAAACCCACUGAAAAAAAGGCAGGAGGAAAGAAGGGGAGAAAAGAGGAGGCUAGGGAGGGAAGGAGGGAGGCGGAGGAGAAAAGGAGGAAGAGCGAGGAGAAGUGGACACAACUCUGGGUGAGAGCACGGCAGGAGGCGAGGAGGAAGAGGGGAAGGGAAGGAGAGCCGAGGGUGCUGCAGCCAUGGCCGACACACCUUUGCAGAGGAACGGCACGGCCACGGCCCCGAUGUCGUGUGAGGAGGCGCAGCUCCACAAAGAGAGGCUGCAGGCCUUGGCGGAGAAGCGAAAGCGGCAAACUGAGAUUGACGACAAAAGGAGCCAGCUUGACGACCUGGUGCUACAAGUACAGCAUCUCAAGUCCAAAGCCACGCGCGAGCGAUGGCUGCUCCAGGGAAUCGGGGCGGAGGAGGAGGAGGCGCGGCGGAAACAGCUGGAGCAGGACGAAGAACACAGCAAGAAGCUGGAAGACGUCAUACACCGGCUGGAGUUUGAAAUUGGUUCUCUGGAGAGCGAGGAGUCUCAGAUAUCCGCCAAAGAGCAGGUUCUACGGGCUCGCCUGAAGGAGACGGAGCGCUCUAUAGAAGACCUGCAGAAGAGUCUGAUGACCCAUGAUAAAGAUGCCUCCGGCUGCAUAUCCGCCCCGCUCUCGGACAGCACGGAGCCCGAUCCUGACCACGUCGCCGUGGCCGCGCAGCCCAGGACCGGCCCACCUGACAUACCAAGACCUGCAAUGUUUGCCAUGGAGAUCAACGUGGAGCACGACCCGCACACCGGCGAGCAGCGCGUCAUCUCCUCCAACCGCGUGAGCCCGCUGGACGCGGCGGCGCGCGGCAUCAAAGUCUACGACGACGGCAGGAAGGUGGUCUACGAGGUCACUUCCUCCGGGGGCGUGUCCACCAGCACCCUGGAGAACGGUUGGAGCUCCGCGCAGGUCGACCAGCUGGUUCAGCGAGCCAGACCUGCCGCGCAGGCCGGGGACGGCGGCAAGGGUCAGGUGACGGUGACCCCGCCGGCCCCGCAGGCCUACGUGUCCCCAGAGGAUGUCGAUGAUCUGUCUCCGCCCUCCUGCGCCCCGCCGUCCGUUCCUUCGAGCCCACCGGGCCAGGUGGUCCUCCAGCGGGAGGCCCAGCUUGGCAUGAUGCCCCCGUCUGCUCCCAUCACAACCCAGCCGGGCACCUCAGCCCGCCCGGGCGGCGAGCUCGGCACCGCGACGCAAGCCUGCGCCGAGCACCCGGUCACCAUGGUGUUCCUCGGCUACCACGACGUCGAGGACACGAGCGAGAGCAGGCGGCUGCUCGGCUUCGACGGCGCCGUGAAGGCCGAGGUGGUCCUGAUCGACGAGGACGACGAAAAGUCGCUGAGGGAGAAGACGGUCACUGACAUGUCCAUCAUCGACGGCACGGCGGCCGACCUCGUGUCGGGGCGGCCGGCCACGUCCGAGGGCGCCAGCACGGAACUGUCAUCCGACGGCCGCGAGCCCGACAGCGCCUCCUCGCCCCCCGCCGAGCCCGACGCCAACCCGCCCCCCCCGCCCGGCCUCACCCCCGCCAAAGGUUGCGACCAAACAGGAGUUACCGUGACAACAGCCAAUGGGUAUGAAGCUCCAAUGUCGACCAGGAAUCCUUCCACUGCCACGAAGUUGUGGCGGGCCGUCGAUGAUGUCAGUGACGCGGCGCCAAAAGAGCGGGCCUUGAAGUGCGUCAGUUUCCAGGAAUCGGUCAGCGUUAUCACUGACGGGCCUGCGAGCAUGGAGGUGCAGAGCCAGCAGAUCCAACAUGGCUGCCUGAGCAGCCCCAGCAACCGCGCUCACAAUGCAGGGGCCCCCGAUGGCGAAGGGCUGCAGGAGAUCCGCUACUUGGACCAGGUCUUAGACGCGGCCUCAGAAACUCCCACCAACGGAAGCGCUUCUCCCUCAGAACACACCGAGGCGAUCGGCGUCCACGGGAGUUCCCCCGCCGUCAGCGUGUCCGCCUCCUGCCCCGCCAAUCACCAGUCGGUCACCGUGGAGGGGCGGGGACAGACCACGUUCGUCCACUCGGCUUCGAGGACCAACGGCCACGGUCAGGCGGAGGAGUCAGGGAGCGGCAGGGCCAAGUUUGAGCUCAGAGCGUUUCAGGAGGAGAGGCGCCCGGCGAAGCUCUUUGUCCCUGGAGAGGAGCAGGAGGUCAGGGUGACGCGGAGACGACCGUCGGGGGAGGUUCAGGAGCUGGAGCGUGAGCGUCAGGAGCUGAUCAAAGACCAGGCAGUGAAGAAAAAUCCUGGGAUCGCUCAUCGCUGGUGGAACCCUCCCCAAGAGGUUCCCUUGGAAGAACAACUGGAUUCAGAUCAGCUCGAGUCUCUGAAGAAGUACCAGGAGAGGAAACAGCAGAGACAGAGUCACACCUAUACAUACACACAGCCCCAGGUUUCUGGCCCUCCUACGAUGGUGACCUUUGACCCAGAGCUGAUCAGGAAAGAGGAAAUUCUGGAGGAGCAGAUCAACUUCUCGUCUGCCAGAAAGCAGUUCCUGCAGGGGGAGGCGACCAAGAGGGACGUGUGUCCCACCCAGCCCUUUUCAAAAUCCGUAACCAGGGGCAGCCAUGGAGGCGGCGACGUCGUCCCAGAAACCGCGGAUGGCCACGUGACCUGGUCCGACGAAGGCAUGGCGGCAGAGUUUACGUGUGCGCGAGCUGUGAUGACCAUCCUGCCCGACGAGGAAGACAGGAAGGGCCAUUUCUACCACCCGGAGGAGUCCGACUCGGGGUUGGACGAGCUGUCCGUCCGCUCCCAGGACACCACCAUGUUCAGCUCCGACAACAUAUCGGACAGCGGGGCCUCGCUGCCGCCCACCCCGUCGCCGCUCACCCCGGUGUCCCCCCCCACCCCGCAGCCCUCCACUCCGGUCAACGGGCAGGCCGGUGGCAGUCCCACGGAAGACGAGCUGGAGUACCACGCCGGGGUGCUCGUUCAGAGCGCCAUCCAGAAUGCCCUGGAGGCUCAGGACGGAGGGGAGUGGCGGGGGUCCAAUUCCUCACAGCUGAGCGCCCCCCUGUCUCCGUCCUCAACUACAACCAGUAGCCCGGAGCCGGUUUCUUCCUCUCCCGUGUCUUCCGGCGGAGCUCCGAGCCUCCAGUCGCCCGUGUCGUCCAGCCCCGCUCCGGCCGAACCGUCCCCUCAGGCGGACGGAGCGCCGGGAGGACGGGUCUUGUCCCGAGAGCAGCAGCUGCAGCCACCCAGUCCGGCCCGGGAGCCCCGCCUCCAGACACCCUCCCCGCCCUCCUCCCAGCCCGUCUCGCCGCCGCAGCAAAGGCCCAGAGACAGAGGCCCCCGGAUCAAAAUCCAGUCCUCUUACGCCAGAGCGCUCGCCUCCUCGGCGCCGUCUCCGGCCCGGCCCCCCGACUCUUCCUCGGCUGCCGCGGCCCCGAGGCCCGCCCCGGUCUGCCGGCCCCCGUCCCCACCGAGCCCGGAGAAGCCCGAGUUCAGCUACUUCAGCAAAUACUCGGAGGCCGCCGAGCUGCGCAGCACGGCGGCGCGCGGCCCCGAGGCGGAGGCGGCGAGCGGGCCGUUCCGCCUGCGCUCCAAGAAGCAGCGCACGCUGUCCAUGAUCGAGGAGGAGAUCCGGGCGGCUCAGCAGCGGGAGGAGGAGCUGAAGAAACAGAGGGAGGGGAAGCCCGUCGUCGCCGUGCGCCCCAGCGACUCGUCGGGCAACAGCCUGGGCCCCGCGAGGGCGGCCAUGCGGCAGGCCAACGUUUCCCCGGCGGAUAAGAUGAAGAGCAACAGCCUGCCGGCGCGUCUCACCCUGACGGCGAGGACAGCACCAGGAAAGAUCGAGAAGGUUCGACCCGCGCCGCCCGUCUCCCCCUCGCCAUCAGAGGGCGCGCUGUCCGACGCCGGCAGCGAGGACUCCGGAGGACGACCCAAGAGCUUCAUGCAGACGCUCAUGGAGGACUACGAGACACACAAAGUGAAGAGGAGGGAGAAGCUGGAGGACAACAGCUAUGCCCAUUUGUUGCUGGUUAACGAGGUCACCACGGAGGUUCUGGAAGCCACCCGCGUCACCAGGAGGAAGAGCGACAUGGCACGGAAGUGGGAAGCCGGUAUCUACGCCAACGAGGAUGGAGAGGAGGAAGACCAGGAAGAGGAGGAAGAGGAGGAGGAGGAGGAGGAGGAGUAAAUGGCUCCUCUCAGAGGCAGUAAAAGAGCCGAGUGGAAAGGCAGAGGAGGAAGAAGACGAGGACGAUGAGACUGAAGGAAAAAACGCAGCGAGGACAGGGAUAGACAACAGUAUUUAUUUUACUAAUAGCAUUGUGAUGAUCACAUGACCCGCGGCUCCACCGAUGGCACGAGCUGAAGAAACGCAUCGAGUUGUGGUUUUUGGACCGGAGGAUUGAAGGCCAUCAGUACGUUGAAUGACGAGAGUUUGGAGAGAGUGAGGUUGGCGAGGAGAGAGACCAUUCGAAAGGCUUUUGUGGUGGUUAAGGAGCACAGGUGGGAUGUGAAUUUGGUAUUAAAAGUUUUUACUAGAAGGUAGACGCUGAAUGACAAAUAUUCAUAGGAUUGUUAUUUGCCUCUCAUUUUUUAUAUUUAAAUAUGGGCUGAGAUUUUAAGACUUUUGUUUUGGCCGAGACUUGUUGAUGUUGGUUUAACCAUGAGCAUCUUUACCAAUGCGUGGAAAGACAUGUGUCCAUUGUGACUUUUCUGCACUUCGGCGAAAGGAGGGAAAAAAAGCAGGGGCUCAUUUCUGUCAUUACGCAAUCGUUUUUAACCUGGAUUCGACAAUGCCGCUGGAAGGAUCCGGCUCAGAGGCCUCCUGCAUCUGGCAGUGCCACACCGCACCACAGAACAGAUUUAACACCCAUACCACGAGUCGGGUGGGAUCCCUUCGCCAUCCUAUCAAGCAUCUACUCUUGUAUCUCAAGUGCCGGUUUGAGGUUCCUGGAGCUGCUGAAUGCUUAGACCGCCACGAAGUGUCGGAUGCACCGCAUGUACGGCGCAUUUCACGACUGGACAGGAAGCGAGCAGACCUUCGGUGACGGACCGGGAUGAUGGGAACACCUUGCCAGCUUGCCAGGAUGACGUUGGACGGAGAAUUACCGAAGAAGAAGGAGGGAUUUUUUUUAUAAGAUAAAAUGUUACAGCUUAACCGAAUGUCGCUAACAGUCAGCUUAUGCUUUUAAAUCGACAAGCAGCAAGAGGAAGGUGAUAGAAGGUCAAACGUGUGUUUAUAUUGUUUGGUAAUGACAUAAUGGUGGGGAGAGGAGUGGGGGUGAGCUAGGGUUGUACUUUUUUUUACAUUUUAUUUUUUUUACCUAAUAUAUUGUGAGCUCCGAUUUGGCUGCACGAUGUGAUUUCCUGUUUUGCCAGAUGAGCAAAGGAUGAAGGGGCCCUCUGUGACUGUGGUGUCCGGGGGCCCGAGUCAGCGUUCAGCGUCUCAAUUAAAGCACUAAACACAUUGAAACAGAAAAGUCUUUAUGUAGAAACGCGUGAACGUGGUACCUUUGAACCACUUCAGCUAAAAACAAUUCAAAUUCACAGCCUCCGAUUUUGUAUAUUUAAGCCUCGGAAGAUUUGUAUUACUUCGGCAUGACAGGAGGACGGUGAGAGUCUCAGUUUGGAUCAGCACGUCCUCUCCAAGGGUCCCUAACCUUCGUUUUGCUGAAUGAUACGUGAUUAAAACCUGAGAUGAAGAUAUGCGGGACACAUGCUGAUAACCCUUAGCAAUAACGACUCUUAUUAUAUUUAUUGUGGACCGUCCCAACCCGAGUGCAACUUGUCUGACGCUAUUUAAUGAUCUAUUUGCAUAUGUUCUCUGAGGAAACGUCGUGCCAGCAACCAGCAACCAGACGUGUGUGUGAUGGGUCCCAUUUCCCAAACACACCGGGUCCAGAGAAUCCUCCUCGUUGUGUAUUUUUUCGAUGCAUAUGAUAAUAUUGUGUAUAAAAUGAACAGAAACAAGAAAAGUAUUUAAAGAACCACUGUCCCAUCUACUGAGGUGGAGACGUUACCGUGUUGCAGCUGACGCUGAUAUGAGAUUAAUUCCACCACACGAGUUGAAGGUGUUUCCUUGUGUUACCACGUGGCAGAUGUUAGAUGUUAGAGGCAGUCGGACUGACAUUAUCCAGGACAAGUGACGGACACGGAGGAUGUUUUCCGCCUGUGAACCGCCUCCUUGUGCACACGCUGCCCUCUUUUCCUGACUCACUUUGAGUUUGCUUUAGAUACGCUCCAACGCUUUUUUUAAAUGGUUAUGACGUCGCGCACACGCAGAGCAGUUCCAAGUGUGUGAUUUAUUAUUAUGUUUGUGCAUUUUGUUGUUUGAAUGAGAUGAUUUAUUUAUCAUUUGAAAUGCUGGUAGCUUGUUUUGGUCUGCAGAAGCACUUGAGCUUCAGGGUGGGACUACCAGUCUUUGUGUGUGUGCGUGUGUGUGUGUGUGUGUGUGUGUGUGUGUGUGUGGUGAAGCAAUCCUAUUAUUCAGUAUAACCUGUUUCUAUGUUAACCACUUGUAUGCUCAUACUCUGCUUUGGUAUUUUAUAGCACAUGUAAGGCUCACGGUUAUACACCUACGAUACAUAUUAUGGAUAUUUUCUCAUUAAAAACAAAACCUGUA